AUGAAUUUCACUCGGCUUUAUCGUCGGAGUAGACGAGUGCUAUGGUUCUUGUUUUUUACCUACGUGUUGUUCUGGUUAACACUAAGCACAAUCAAACAAAUCAAUGAGUUGAAUAAACCUGAAACAUCGCAUCAAACGAGAUUUCGGUCAAAUAGAACACUUUAUUUUGUUAUCAAUCAACUAUUUCAAUUACAAAUCAAUCUAGUUCUAAUCGAUCCCCAGAUACUUCAACAUCUAUUCAUUCAUCGUUUACCAUUUGAUGAUAUUCACCGAACAUUUAUUACUUUCGCGAUUGUUGAAGAAUCAUUACAACCGUUGAUUUCCUCAUUGCAUGACCUGAAACUUUCAAUCAAAACAUCUGAAACAAGUUCACGGAAUCGAAAACAUCUUAUCGAUCAUAUUUUUAUCAAACAUCAUCGUCUCACUGUUCAUAUCGCUGUUUUACAUAAAUACAGUUCAUAUUAUCGAAUACAUGUCAACCAUCAGUCUUUGCCGAAGAACGUUCAUUUACCUUUCGGAGAUAAAUUGCGUGCGAUUGAUUAUUUCGAAACCGAAUUACACGAAUAUUUGUUUUAUUAUCCUCGAAAUGUGUCACACUUUCUCUGGUUAUACAAUUCAUCGGAAUUUAUUCAUUGUAACCGAACAUUAGCUAAUCGAAUGAAAAAGAAAUAUAAUAUCCAUGAAAGUAUGUCCCAACUCAGUUUGAUUGUUAAACCUAUGGUCCAUAUCGGUCAAAGUUUGGAUCGAUUACAAAAACAUUAUUGGAUUGCCGGAGGAACUCUGCUUGGUUGGUAUCGACAUUGUGGAUUGAUACCUUAUACCGGAGAUGUGGAUUUUGGUUUGUUCUAUGAAGAAUAUGACGAAAGUAUUCGAAACCAUUUUUUGGGCAAUCCAGUGACGCAUAUUUGGGCAGCAUUGGGACUAGUCAAUGAUUCCUUAGAGUUUCGUCUUUCAUCUGGACGUUAUGUGUUUGAUCUGUUUUGGACAUAUCGCGAAGGUAAUAAUGCACGAUGGUAUGGAUAUCAAGCACAGCGAUCAAAGUAUCGACGUAGUCUUCCAUUAUUUUCUAAAGUGUGUUCUGGUGAUUUGUUUGGUUAUCGUUUCUCUGUACCCUGUUCACCUAUUCAAUAUCUUAAUCAUGAAUAUGGAAAAAACAAUUGGACAGUUCCAUUACAAAAAGAUUACGGAUGGAUAAACAUGAAAUAUCAUUCGAUGUGGAAUGAUAUAUCGUGGAUGUAUGCCGUGCGUUUGUAUUCACCUAAAGGACAUCUGCGCUCGGAUGAACUUGCAAUUAGUUGGGUGGCCAAGCGUUUCAAUUAUACUUAUGCGUCAGUUCCAUCGUUUCUCAAUGCUUUACCGAAUGAAACUGUCACUCUUCCGCCACUGAAAAGUGAAUUUGUUCAAGUUAAACCUCAAAAAGUGGAAGAACAAGAAUCGAAACCAGCUCCUGAACAAAAGCCUGUCGAAAAAGAGGAGCAAGAAGAAGAAGACGAAGAAGUAGAAGAACCAGAUGGCGAGGGUGGAGAGAACGAAAAUGAAGGACAAGAACCAAACAAAGAGGGACAAGAAGAAGAUAAGAAUGCAGAAAAACCCAACACCGAAGCUCAGGAGGAGAAACAAAAUGAAGAAGAACAAAAUCAAAACGAACCUGAAGAAAAAAGAAGACGUAAAUGA